UUCACUUAACUUUUAUCACAGUAUCCUGUUACACUCGUUCUAGCUUAUUGUUAUUCUUGUUAAUCUCUUGCUGUGCCUCACUUGCAAAUUAAAUUUUAUCACAUGUUCGUAUGCAUGAGAGAAAGCAUAGUACAGUUGGUCCCUGAACAGCUAGGGGUCAUGGGUGCUGGCCCUACCAGAGUAAAAAAAAUCCAUGUAGAACUUAGGAUUCCCCAGAACUUACCUGCUAAUGGCCUCCUGUUGGCAAGAAGCCUUACUGAUGUCCUAAACAGUUCAUUGAUAGCUGUUUUGUGUGCUGUAUGUAUUAUUUGCUGUUUUCUUAUGAUCAAAGAAGGGAGGGAAAAGAAAAUGUAUUAUUCAUAUCAUAAGGAAGAGAAAAGACAUUUCUGGUGCUGUCCUGUACUUAUGGAAAGAGAGCCCCAUGUGAGUGGGCUUGCGUAGUUCAAACAAUGUUGUGCAGGGGUUGAUAGUAUAUUUAGGGUUCAGCACUGUCUGCGAUUUCAGGUGUUUUGGGGGCUUGGUGUCCCUGCAGUGUGGGGCAUUGCUGCAUUAACACCUGAUGACAUGUGUAUGUCCUUGAAGGAGAUUAAAUUGUUGCAUGGCUGGGUCUGGGUUCUCUCCUGCCAGGCACUCCUUACCCACCUUGGCUUCUGAAGGGGCCGCACUAGCCGCCCCGUGCAGUCCUUCCACCCACUGGUUUUUCUGCUGCUUUUGUGCAGCAGGUGCACACUGCACUGUGCCAUGGCCCUCCAUUCACCGGGGUCACGCUGGCCAGCCCUCACAGACAUAGCAUGCCAUGUUUUCUUUGUUCUUCUGACCUUCUGUGAGUUGUGAUGGAGUAUGCCAUGUUUGAUGUAACUGUGUCUGAGUAGGCUGCGGCCCAUGCUCCUGCCUGACAGAAGCAUGGCCCAAGCAGGAAAGUCUGGGGAUCUUGUGCUGUGUGGCAUUGCUGUCUGGCCCUUGGGGCUGCUGUCAGCAAUUGGGGCUGCUUUCAGGCCCACAGGGCUGCUAUCUGGCCCAUGGGGCUGCUGUCCGGCCCUCGGGGGUGCUGUCCUGCCCUUGGGGGUGUUGUCUGGCCCAUGGGGCUGCUGUCUGGCCCACAGGGCUGCUGUCCGGCCCUCGGAAGUGCUGUCUGGCCUGCGGGGCUGCUCUUUGUCCCUCGAGGCCGCUGUCCGGUCCUUGGGAGUGCUGUCCUGCCCGUGGGGCUGCUGUCUUGCCCUCAGGGGUGCUGUCCUGCUCUUGGGGCUGCUGUCCAGCCCUCAAGGGUACUGUCCUGCUGGUGGGGCUGCUGUCCUGCCCAUGGUGGGGCUGUGCAGCCCUCAGGACUGCUAUCUGGCCCUAGGGGCUGCUGUGUGGCCUGUGGGACUUCUGUCUGCUCUCUAGCCUAUGGCGCUUCUUUGGAUCGCGGUAUGCGUGCUCUGGAGCCUGUUCUCUGACCAGCUCAGCAGUUGGGUGAGGUCGUCCCAUCUCCUCUGUCCCCUCCCGGCUGGUGCACACCCAAUCUCAGGUGGCGUCAGGGAGGAUACUUGCCUGAAACCUCACAGGGUGUUUGUCACAUGCUGACUUAAGGAAAGAAUCUUGUCAUUCGUCAGCACUCCUUGGUCUGCACUCUGCCUGGGAGGAGGAACUUCCCCUCCUACUUACUGAUCUUUUCCAGCUGUUUCCAUCAAUACAGACUCACGGGUUUGUAUUUUAUUCUGUGAAGUGGAACAUAUGCCUCUUGGGAGCUAGGCCCCAUUCUCUGCACACGUCCUGGCUUUCUGGUGCCUUUGAGACACUCCCACUGCAUCUUGCCCGAGCCCUGGUCCUGGAAAUCAACGAUGUCCCCAGGGAAUGUGUGGCCUGUUUCUCAAGCGAAAUGCUAGUCAUAGCGUAGUUUGUUCAGGUUUUGUUGUGGCUGCUGUAAUCUUUCUAGUGUGGUGUGUGCUAUGUGCCACUAGGAGGACUGACAGGGUGGUGGACACAGGAGGCCCAUGGCAGGGCCUUUGCCAUUGUGGGAGGGUGCAGUUGCAGCAAAAGUGGAGGGGUGGAGGGGUCCUUGUAAAGCCUCUGUACUUGGAGAAACGUUGUCAGUUGGGGCUUAGGGUGAAUUUAUGGGGAGAGGUAGUGAGAGCCCGGCCAGGUUGCAGGUGGUAGGACCUGCCUAGGUGACUGGGGGUGAGUGGUAUAGGCAUGGAGGUGUGGCUGGCUCUAUUUGGUUCCCUGGUUCUAUACACAUUUAUGUAGAGCCACUCCCAGGGUAGAGAGAUACUUCCCUGAGGAACCAACUGGCCCUGGCCUGGGCUUUGGGGUCCCUGGCUGUGCUGGAGCAGGUGGCUGUCCCUGCCUAGGAUGGUGGGAGCCCAGGAGAGUGUUGACAGUGAGUGCCUCGCCUAGCCUGGAGGAAGCCUGAGUGUGCACGAUACCUUUGGUUGGGAUGAGCUCACGAAUUCCAGGGCCCUGGGUGAGCCCGUUGCAUGCUCUGCCAAAGGGAGAGCCCCAUGCCGUUUCUCAGCUGCCUCAACAUGUGCCCAGGUACCCAGUGAUGGUGGGCUGUCCUCCCCAUGCUUGCUGGAUGCCUCUCUGGCCCCACUUUGUGAGGCUGGCUUUAGGUGUGGUGUCGAGGCAGUGUCUGUUAAUGCCUGUUGAGUGUGCGCAUGUUCAGGGGUGCCCGCGGGUGUGAGUCUCUCUGGCCUCUGGCAGCAUCUGUGCAAAGGUCCCUUGGUUUUCUCCUUGGUCUGCGGAUGAGCUCUGCUGGCACUUUCCAUGAAACCAUGUGCUUCUUGCACUCCCUGCCAGGAUGGGUGCUUCUAAUAUUGUGUGUUCUAAUAUUGUUGCUUCCACACACUGGGCUCUCGGGCAGAUGUCCUAAGUGACGCUGCCCUAGAGGGUCACCUAGUGGGUGUGACAUGGGGCCUGGUUGUCCACCCUGUGGCCCUCUGCCUUGUGCAUGGUCUGCUGGACCCAAGGAGGCCUCUGGGAAGGGGGGAGGGCUCAGGGUCUGGUGGUGGUUAGGACAUUCUGGAGGUUUUGUCGCUGCUCUCAUUUUUUAAUUUCUGAGAGCUCUUUUCUCUUUCUUUAAAUACUUCUUUUUAAGGGUAUUCUGAUCUUAUUUUGUGGGCUGGGCACCUUCUUCUGAGGGCAGGAUUGUUUCCUGUGGGUGGCUGGGGCCCUCCUGCCUGACUGGCACCGUCCAUGGCUUCCCAGGCAGGUGGCCUUGCUCCUGCUCAGCAGCGGGCCGCUAGGAAGAGUGGGAGCCAUGAAUGGCGGGCGGGAGACAGGCUGCACAGGGGCUCAGGGCCCUGUCCCUGCUGGUGUCUUUGGGCAACCAGGUCCUGGGUGCAGCCUGCAAUGCCCCCACUGGGCUUCCCCUGCCACCCCUGACCUGAGAGCCUAGGGCCAGGCUCUGGGCCCCCUGUACCCUCCCCUGGGGGCCAGCUGGCUGGACUGAGGUAGGGGUGUGUAGCUGCUGAGGGCAGGGGACAGUGGUGAGUGAGAGUCCAGUGGUUCACAGCCAGCUGUUUCUUGUAUGUAGAAUUUGGCUUCUUGUCGCUGUCUUCCAUCUGCUUUACACUUCGAGGGGUGGGUGGUGAGGUGGCCUCACUGCUACUUCGGUUGGGGCUUCAGGACUACUAGAUCUCAGGUAGGCACUUAACCUGCCAUCCUUCAACCAGAAUGCCACUUUUAUUUUUUUUUAUUUUUUUAUUUUUAUUUUUUCAGAAUGCCACUUUUAGUACCAUUUCCAGGAGAGAGCUCACACAGUGGUCUUUAAAGCAGGGGGGUUUUCGUCAGGCGGAGGUGACAGAAAUAUUCAGCACACAGUACUCAGCAUAUAACAGAUACCCGCCCAGUGGUUCUGCAUGUAGUCACUUCUUUCUCUUUACCAAAAACACAGACACAGAGUUCUGAAGAGUCCUUGGAAAUGGAUUGUUCACCUGUAAAGUGGAAAUCAACUUUGAGGGUCAGCUCUGACCCAGCAGUGGCCCAGGCCUUCUGAAGCCUGCUGUGCUGAACCCCACUGUCUGUUGGUACAGACGGAGGACACAGGGCCCUGACCAUGGUCACACUCAUCACUGAGAAGCUGCAGAACCAAAGCCUGGAUGACCUUGUCUGCAAGAGCUACGAUGCCGGCCAGCAUUCUGGCAGGACACUGAGCAGCAGUGGCCAUGUGUUCCCUUUUGAGAGCAAUGAAGACAGGUGCCCCUGGAAGGUCUUAAGUGGCGGAUGGCCCAUUGGAAAUCAGACAGCCACAGGGACGUGGGGCCCCAACACAGUCCUGGGUGCGGUGAGCACCAUAGACCUGAAGGAGAGCUCAGGGCCCCCCUCGGCACCACCUACCAAGCGACACUGCCGCUCCCUGUCGGAGCUGGCGCACUGCCACUCCCUGUGGCGCCCCAGCUGCUCCAGGGUCUGGACGCCGGUGUCCAAGAGGUGGUGCCACAGCGGUGGGAAUGCCACGCUGCAGGAAAGCCUGGGUGCCAGCCUGCCCAGGGGUGCUGCACCGCUCGACCGCACCCUCCUGGUGGCUGGGCCCACCUCGCCCCCAGCACCCCAGCCAUCUUCAGCCAGUGGCGGCUGCAUGGACAGCUGUGAGGGCAGCUCGGGCCUGCCUAGGCGACCCCGCGUCCCAUCCUGGAGGCACCGCCUGUCGCUGUCCCAGGAGCACCUGGCAGAAGUGGGCACGGCACUGCCCUCUACCAGCAGCAGCCCCUCGUCUACCCCCGAGCUGGACCGGCGACUGGGCCUGCUCCGGUGCUGCUCACAACCGUGUGUGCUCGUCGGGAGGAAGUGGCAGCGCAAGCGCAGGCGUGAGGAGGGCACUCGCUGGCCGCGCCCAUCCUUGGACUUUCUCAAAAUGACACAGACUUUAAAAAAUUCAAAAAGCCUUUGCUCCCUUGAUUAUGAAGAUGAAGAGGAGGAUGACGCCCAAGUGAAGCUGACCCCGUAUGACCCACACGGCCUCACGGGCAUUGUCACACCUGGCUCCAACCCACUGAGGGUGUGCCCCAGGCCCUGCUGCCCCAGCCCGUGGGCCUCUGGGGAGCCCAUGGCCGCUGAGGGAGAGGGUGGGAGCAGCGGAGACCCCAGUGACUGGGAUAGUGCUGGGGAGGAAGGCGUCUUCCCUCCCAGCCGCGGUGAGCUGGACCUGGGGCAGAUUGAGAACAAUUGACCCCAGGCAGGUGGGUUGGGUAUCCGGUCUCUUCCCAGCACAUGGACAGAAGCAGGGCUGUGCAUAACUUUAAACAUUAGGUCUCAUUUUGAUCUAGUCUUCCCUAAAGAUGUGUUUUGGAUUUUUAUGGCUUUUAUGCUUUUAGAGAGAGCUGCUCCAUUUUGAAUGAAUUCUUAGAAGGGCAUUCUAUGGAAUGGAGGCCCAUGGGCUGAUCCCAAUGUGGGUUUGUGGGUUUGUGUUCCUUUUGUAAAAUGCCUGCCGGGCAGAGUCCAGGAGAUCUGGGUGGGAGGUCUGGGCGGCGGGGUCUGGACAGGGGAUUCAGGUGGGUGGUCUAGGAGGUCCAGGUAGAGGGUCCAGGCAAGGGGGUCCAGAUGGCAGUCUGGGUGAGGUGUCUGGCCCCUCCAGUAGUCUCUGUCCUCCAUGUGUGCCUGCCUCCUUCUGUCUGCCCUUUGGGGGCGGUAGACAGUGGUCUCUGCACCAGGAGCUGUGGGAUGGGCCUUGAGGAUGGUGGUCCUGGCGGCACCAGAUAUGACUUCAAUAAAAAACGUUUACUUUGC